AUGGUUGCCGUAACAAGAUCCUCUGGGUUGCCCAUUAGCGUGUUGAGUCGCCACCUUGUGAAGGCCUCCGACCCGUCUCUCAAGCCGCACGUCGUCGCCUUCUCGAACCUAGAUCUCUACCCGGACAACGUGCAGGCUUCCAUGGUAUACCUCUACCCCAAUAAGCUGCCAAAGUCCGGCCCGGGCGGCUUCGACGCCGUCGUGUCCACCUUCGAGGCCGUCCUGCCGACCUUGCUUAACCACUUGUACCCUCUCGCCGGCCGCAUCGUCAUCAACCCAAGCAGCAGCUCCGGCGGCGUCCCCGAGCUCCACUGCCACAACCAGGGCGCGGAGCUCGUCGUGGGAGAGGUGGGCGUCGCCUUGGGCAGCCUAGAUUACGGCCUUGCGGAGGAGUCCCUGAAGAAGAUCAUGCUGCCGUACCCAAGGGACGUCACGCUCUCGGUGCAGCUCCUGUCCUUCGCGUGCGGCGGCUUCUCCGUCGUGUGGGGCUUCAACAACCUCGUGAACGACGGCAAUGCCGUCACCAUGUGCGUCAGGAUGUGGUCGGAGCUGGCGCGGACCGGCAGCAUCACCGAGGGAGCCGUGCCCGUGAAGCACGACCGCUCGGUGUUCCGCCCCCGCGACACGCCGGCCUACGGCGCCGAGCUCGACGACUUGUUCACCACGUACGACGACCACCGGAUGGUGAACGCCCUGACGGCCCACGCCAGUUUCGUGGAGCGCCUCUACUACGUCGAGGCGGCCAGCAUCGCCAAGCUGCGCGACAUGGCCAGCACCGGCGAGCUCCAGCGUUCCUCGCGCGUCCAGGCGGUGUCCGCGUACCUGUGGAAGGUCCUCGCCGCCGUCGUGGCCGCGUCCCGCGUGCCCGAGGAGCGCUGCCGCAUGGGCUGGAUGGUCGACGCGCGGCGGCGGGUGAGGUCGCCCGAGCUCGCCGCCGCGAUGCGAAACUACUUCGGCAACGUCACGGCCUACGCCCUGGGCGGCGCCGCCGUGGAGGAGAUCGAGCGGAAGCCGUUGGCCGAGGUUGCGGCCAUGGUGCGGGAGGCCAUCACGUCCAUAGACUACGACGAGUACCUCCAGGAGCUGGUGGACUGGGUGGAGGUGCACAAGACCGAGCACGUGAUGGAGAAGGGCGUCCUCGGGUUGGGCUCGCCGACGUUGAACCAGACCGUGUUCGCGUCGUUCCCGCUCGACACCGACUUUGGGUUCGGCGACGCUGCGCUCGCCCUGCCCAUGUGCGACUACGGGAGGCUUUGCUCCGGGUACCUCUCCGUCGGAGCGCGGCCUGGAGGCGACGGCUCCUGGCUCCUCAGCGCCUACAUAUGGCCGCAGCUGGCGGCGGCACUGGAGUCCGACGGCAUCUUCAAGCCUCUCACGGCGGAGUAUCUCGGUCUCACACCCUAG